GGAGCCGCAGCAUCAGUCCACACUUGGACACGGCAGCUACGGUUACCGUCGAAAAUUAGGUUAUAACAUUGAACAUCGUGAGGCUACGUUUAGUCCAACGGACGUGAAAAGCCAGAACUCUGUGACCCUCACACCAUGAACACCUUCAUCCUCUUCUCUCUCCUGUGCCUCGUCGUCGCCAGGUGUUCUGGACUAUCAUGCACACCUUGUAACCCCAACAACUGUCAGGACCCCGCUACCCUGAAUUGUUCAUGGGGGACUGUCAGACAGGCGUGCAGCUGCUGUCAAUCAUGCGGCGGGGGCCCCGGGGCGGUCUGUGGAGGUGCCUUUGACACAAAAGGCAAAUGUGGCCCCUCCCUCGUCUGUGACAAGGAGAGCAAAGAAUAUGAGUUAUUUGAGUCCUCGUCAGGUCACAUAAAGGGAAUUAGAUUUCUGUCACCAUCCGGCACGUGCCGCCUUCCAGCUGGUCAAGUGAGCCGCCACCUAUCUUAGUGUUACUACCUGCCGACGACACUUCCCAGUUGGUAAAGUGAGUCCACUGGCCAUCUGUCACCGCCCACCGGCACUCACCACCCAGCUGACAACUGCCUCUACAGGAGAGACAACUUAAGUACCAAUCAUGAAGCCAUCACGAUCACCUCAACCCUUGUACGUUGUCACCAUAUAACGGAACUAUCUUCACUGUCAGUUGAUGAGAAGUCAACGUUCAGUAUUAUGAAAACAACACAGUUAAAAUGCUCAAUAUUACACUUUUAUCGAUAACAAUUGGAGUAAAAUAUGUAAAAGAUAUACAAUCAUGUAAUUACAUUCAAAUAUUAUGCAACGUAUAUAUGAAAAUUCUGGUAUUUCUUAUCAAAGAACGCUUACUGACGUCCGAAGAAGACUUCUUAAAUAGCCUAUAAGACAGGGAUUCUAAACCAGGAGAAUCCAUACCCCAUAAGGGUAUGGAAACACAGUAAUAGUGGGCAUGUGGCUCGAUUUCUGAACAAAUUAAUGCAUUCGUUGUUAUAAUGAAUCUUGGUACUAGGAAUCAAGUUACAGUUACCGUCAGUAAAUGUACCUCGAUUCCAUGUUUUGAUUGCAUAUAAACAGCAGCAUAAUUCUCACAAGUUGGAGCUAGUUGGUGUAUUUGUGAUGUGUCGUUUUCCAUAAAUAAAUAUGAUAAAACCUUA